AUGUUGUUACAGGCUAAAGAUGAUGACUCUUGGUUUGGACUUCCUUCUGUGGCUCUAUGCGUUCAAUUUAACGACUUCAUGAAGUUUGGUGAUUUUAUAACCAAAGUCGGAAAUCUUGCACACUACCAACAGUUAUUUCUACCUCCUGACGACUCAAAAGUUGAUAAGGAUUCCGAGGACGAAAACGAUUUCGAUGUUGAGGGAAUUUAUGGCCAUGAGGAUUCGGAUGAACAAAUCCGCACGAUGAAUCCAAGGCGUAAUCCUUCAGGGAAAGCCUCAACGGUCCCAGCAAUAUCUGGAUUCCAUUGUCGAUCGCCCUUAAGCGUGAAGGUUAUGUCUACUAUGGUUAAGUUGCCCGUCCCUCAGUCGAGCAAGGUGUUGGCUCCAACAGAGUCACCAAGCUUUGCUGAAUUGCUUCGUUUCGCAGCUUUCAAUCGCUCUCGCUCUCUAGAGAAUGCUCGAUCUAAAGACGUUCACAUGGGUAUUUCAUCAAUGAGUCGCAGAGCUGACACUUUUGAUAGCUGUGUUGCUGCGAUUCGACGGGAUAAAAAAUUUGCAAUAACAGAGACGGUCGAGAUUGUUGGUGAGGAUCACGUUGUGAUUGAGACUGAAAUUAACGAUAUUGCGGAUGCUUCUGCUGGCGACGCA